UUUUAAAUAGUUAUUCUAAAAGUAAAAAAAAAAAGAAUACCAUAGAUAACAGUUUGUAAUUAAGUAACCAUUAUUUACUCCAUAAUGUCAUUGUCAGUUUUUCACUAUGUCAAAUAUACAAUUUGUGACUACAAUUCCAAAGGGUAAUUAAUUUUCUCUGUCUUGUGUGCUUCCUCUGUUUUAUUUUUCAUUUGUGUUUUUCUUUUUCCUGCUGAAGGCCUGCCUGUUUUGUUAGAUCUAGGCCUUGAAUCAAAAUUUUAUUAUUAUUAUUUCUUUAUCAAUUUAGCAAGAAAGACACAAAGAAGUAGGAUUUGUAGGCUUAACUCUGGAAAUGGAAAGGAUGGGUCUAAUACAAGAUUUGUUUUGUCUUUUUCAAUCCAAACACAACAUUGUCAUGUGCUAAAGAAAAAGAAAAUGACUCGAAUCAAAUCUUUCUAUUCCCAAACACAAUCCAUUCUGGUGGCCGGUGAAGCACAAGCAAGACACAUAAUAGAACUCAAGAGUGUUCCCAACUACAAAUGAAUAUAUUAAGAAGCAGUUUGUCUUUAGUUUAAGCCAUUCAUGAAAAAUGCGACAACCUGUUGAUGAGGACUAAGCCAAUGAAUAUGCCGAACAUUCCACGUGGCAAAAUCCGAAUGGAAGGAUCAGAAUUCAGAAACAAUGUGUUAUUACGAGGAUACCUUCACAACACAAGAACGUGGCAGUUCUAAUGAUUUUGACAACAGAUCGGGAAUUCCAACGCUUCUUGUGCAAAGGCAUCGCCGCUUUUGGCUUUUGUGUGAGCCAAAACAAACGUGUUACUUACUAUAGAACAACAUUUCCAUAUUUUCUCUCCAUCACUUUAGCUCUAUGAUGGAAAAAAUAUAGCCACGGGAGAAAAAAGCAGGUUUGGUUCCUCGCUAACAGCGAAAUUUCUUGUAGUGAAAGAAGAAACAAAGGGAAAAAGAAAAACAUGUUGAGCCAGAAAGUGUCACCAACACCAUCAUCAACAAGCAGCCCAAAGAAAAACCCAAAAACACUCCAUGAAAUGUUUCUGCAGGAGAGUCCUCAUUUCAUCAUCCCAUCUUCUCCUUCAGGAAAUGAAGAACUUCUCUCCGCCAUUUCUUACUGCACCUUUGUUUUCACCUUCUCUGACCCUUCAGAAUCUCCUGCACAAAGAGACUCAAAGAGGCUUCAACUCACAAGACUAGUCUCCAUAUUGAAGUCCUCCAAGAAGCCAGUGCAUGAAAAAGUUUUGGGGCCUCUAGUGGCCAUGAUCUCAGCAAACCUCUUCAGGCCACUCCCUCCACCUUCCAACCCUACUUCUAAUUCCAUCACAGAAUUGCCAGAAGAAGAAGACCCCAUCUCUAUAUUUUCACCCCUUUGGUCACAUCUCCAAAUAGUUUAUGAGAUACUUCUGAAGCUUGUUAACAGCACAGACCAAAAAGUACUGAGAGAACAUAUGAAUCAUUGUUUCCUCCGCAAUCUCCAAGCACUUUUUCAGUCUGAGGAUCCAAGGGAGCGUGAGAGUUUGAAAAACGUGUAUCACAAGAUAUACUCGAAGUUCAUCGCUGAUCGUUCCUUGAUGAGGAAAUGGAUGACCGAGGUGCUCUUGAACUAUGUGUUUGAGACAGAGAAGCAUCCGGGGAUUGGGGACUUGCUUGAGAUAUGGGGAACCAUAAUCAAUGGCUUUACCGUGCCACUCAAGGAAGAGCACAAGCUGUUCCUCAUGAGAGUGCUUAUUCCUCUACACAAGACAAAGGGGAUGCAAGUGUACCAUAGGCAAUUGGCUUAUUGCGUGUCACAAUUUGUGCAGAAGGAGCCUAUGCUUGGAGGAGUUGUUGUUAGAGGAAUUUUGAAGUACUGGCCUGUCACAAACUGUCAAAAAGAAAUCUUGCUAAUUGGGGAAUUGGAAGAUCUGGUCGAGAAUUUAGACCCUGACCAGUAUCGUAAAUUGGCCUUGCCCUUAUGUACCCAGAUCACAAAAUGCAUAAACAGUUGGAAUUCCCAGGUAGCCGAGCGUGCACUCUAUGUGUGGAACAAUGAGCAGUUUGUGAAAAUGGCAUUAAUAGGAACAGUAGAAGUAUUUACUGUGAUUGUAGAAGGCAUGGAAAAGAACCUGAAGUGGCAUUGGAGCAAGAGUGUGAGGCAACUAACAGAGAGUGUGAAGGUGAUGCUGGAAGAAAUGGAACCAGAUCUGUAUUCAAAGGGUCUCAUGGACAUGGAAGCUAAAGAAUCAGUGGCACAUCAAGAAGAUAUCAAGAGAAAAAAGAGAUGGGAAAGAAUAGAAUUGGAAGCUGCCAAGAAUCAGUUUCUCAAUCCACGUUAUAUACGUGUCUCUUACUAAACAUUAAUGUAUGCAAAUUUGUGCUAGCAAUACCAACUUUCCCCCACCUACGAAGAACAAUAAUUGCAAGGUCAGUUGUUUAAAAGUUGCUUAGUUGUUAACAAUGACAAACAUCAACAUAUCAGACCAGAAAAUGGCAGCUGGUGUUCGUGAUAUUCAAUAGAAGACCAAAAUAUACAGAAACAUAGAAUCGUAACACGCCUAUGUGAUCAACUGCUAUGUAUUAGUCUCUAUAAUAUGAAUAGAUUAAAUUAAUAUAAAAAUAUUAUCAUGUUAUACUAAAUUAUAUUAUUGGGUCUAAAAGUUAAAAGUGUAUUCCGAAUAAUUUUAAA